AUGUCGUCUGACUUCUGGGCCUUCAGUAAGCAGCUGAGAGAAAGACCGCCUAUUGCCAUCUGUUCAUUUCAAAUGGAUCCAGACUUGCAGGAGGCUUUCAGUGAUGUUCAGAGCUCCGUCUACAGAACAGCCCUAAAACUACGCUCAGUACAAAGUCUGUGCCAGUUGGAUUUGAUUGAUGUUUCUCUGAUUCAGCACAUCCUAUCAAGUGAACAGAGCCAGAGGAAAAAGCAGAUUUCUCUGAAAGUGCAGCAGAUCUCUGAAAUGCUGACAGAACUGUUCCAAAGGGCGAGAUUGGAAAAACCAGGCCAGGUAGAUCCAAGAGCUGCUGAAUUCACGUUGAGCCUGCUAACUGCCAUGUAUGACAGAUCUGGAACAGGUUAUAUCAAAACUAGAUCUGCUGCAGCUGCCCUAAUUGCCCUUUCAGGAGACACUCUACUGGCUAAAUACAGAGCUUUCUUCCAAUUUUAUGCUGUCCGUGAUGGGAAGGUGGCCUUGAUUACCCGUAGUGCCCUGAGAAGCCUACUAACAGACUUAAAUCAGAUCCCAGCCAUUGUGGGAGAAAGCUGCACUCUGUCUUGUGUGGAAAUUGCGACUCACAGCUGUUUCCAUGGGGUUCUGAAUUCAGCAAUUGUUGAAGAAAAAUUCCUGUCUUGGCUGAGAUCGGAGCCUGCUGUUCUCCUGUGGCUCCCUACGUGUUACAGAUUAUCAGCCACAGAAAUGGUUUCUCACCAAGCUAGGUGUAAAGUCUGCAAAAUUUUCCCUAUUACAGGCCUCAGGUAUCGCUGUCUGAAGUGCCUCAAUUUUGACCUUUGCCAAGUUUGCUUUUUCACUGGCCGUCUCAGCAAACCGCAUAAGAUGUCACAUCCUGUUGUGGAACACUGUGUGCAGGUGUCAGCAAAGGCAAAUGCAAAGCACUUUCUCCGCACCGUCAGGAACAACCUGUUUCCAGAUCGCUGCAGAAGAAAGGAGGCUCAAAGAAGGAGGGCUCUGGAGAUAGUGGAGGACAGGGACUUCCCUACUCAAAAAAAGACUUUUCCCCCUGCAGAACUCAGUGCUUCACCACUACCUGGCCCUGAAAACCUGUGUUUUCCAGUGGACAGACCUGUCCUGGAGUCACCGAAGUUCAUAUCUGAAAACAGAACUGUAAUGCAGAAGAGUGAGAAGACACCAGAGCAAGGCAAGACAAAAGCUCAGGCAAUAGCUUCUUUUGAAGCGGAUGUGUUAAAAAUGCACAAAUCCAUCAAAAGCAUUCACAAUGAGAGCAGGUACGUGAAGAAGCAGUUCAACAGAUGGAAGAACAAAAUGCAAUUUCUUCACAACUGCCAGGAAGACAAAAGCUGCAAAAUAGAGGCAAAGCUCCAAAGCCUCAGAGCAAGCCAUGAAAACCUACAAAUGAAGCUGCAGCAAAUGAAACAAGAAGUAAAGACAAUGUUACAGUCAUCAGAGCAUCCUUUUGCACAAUAUCAGAAUAUGAUGCCAAGAAAUCCACAUGUCCUGCUGGAAAGAAGAAUGCAGGGUGGAUUAAAUCCUGCCCAGAUUAGGUCUACUUCCGGAACAUGUGCAGAUUGGAAAUCUUUUAACCUCCUCAACUCUGCAAAUAGGAUGCAGCUUUUACAGACACCCGAGGUUCCCAGUGCAGUGGAUUGUAUGUUCUCAGAAGACCCACUGGAGUCAACAUCCCUGCAGAGUGACAGACCUUUUAUGGGACAGUAUAAAAAAGCAAAAGAGAAUCAAACAUAUCUGCCUGAAUUGACAGCAAACUCCCUCAGUGGCAUCAUGAGGAAUCCAGUUCUUACUCCCACUGCGGUGCAGAUACCACCUGAUGAGAAGGAAGUCAGUGAGGAAGUGGAACUGCAGCAGCUAGUGAUGAAACUGAAGGAUGCAUUGUCUCUCCAAGCUCAACCAGCUCAACAGUCUGCUUUGCAGCAGGAGUUCUUCUCUACAGCUGAAAAUGUUUGCAGAACCUUUUCUGACCUCAUCAAUCAAGUAACUUCACCAGCUUGUAAAUGA